GCGUAGCCCCGGAGCGAGCAUAGUGGGCGCAGUGUGUGACGACAACACUGGGAAGGGAGUCCAAGUUUUCGCUGUGGUGGAUGUGGUGGCUGUGGUGAUUUUCCGGCCAUUUUUACAAGAUCUAAUCGAUAUUUGGAUAUACACAAGGUCUUAGAGGCGCUAAACUUGUUGACUGUACUUGGUCAGAGGUUCUCUGGCCCCGUGCACGUAACUGUGGGUACAGUGUAGACCCCCCAGGUACAGGGGGUACAGUGUAGACCCCCAACUACAGGGGUACAGUGUAGACCCCCAGGUACAGGGGUACAGUGUGGACCCCACCCCCAGGUACAGGGGUACAGUGUAGACCCCCCAGGUACAGGGGUACAGUGUGGACCCCAGGUACAGGGGUACAGUGUGGACCCCAAGCUACAGGGGUACAGUGUAGACCCCAGGUACAGGGGGGUAUUAUCGUGUUUAAAAAGUGUUGUGUGAAGGCUCCUCCGGGCAUCAUGUGAGAGAGGUGAAGCAAGUGUGUAUAUAUAUAUUAAGUGUUUCAGGAAAAGUGUAGAGGUCUUCCAGCCGGCGGCGUCAUAUAUUUGGUGGAUAUGUGAUUAUUCUCAAGUGCAGUUAAAAUUUUGCCCCGAGGGGCGAGUUUAUUGUGCAGCGCCAUCUUAAGUGCAGUGUUUUGUGUGGUGACUUGUGUGGGUGGUGUUGGCGUAGUGAUGAUGUAGUCGGGUGUGUGGCACCACCACAGCACGGAUGACUUCUCAGGAAUGGUCACCAUGAUCAACCGACCCCAGCACUUGCCGUGGACUAGCGCCACUACCGCCAGGAGCCACCACCAGAGGUAAGCCGAGGCCAGGACUACCUUGUGUGCUGUAGGCCGGCGAGAGCAUGUCGUCGAGGGAGCGGUCGUCGGUGAAGGACCGCGAGAGACUGAAGCAGAGGGCGCGGGAGAUGCGGGAGCACCAGGCGGCGGUGGGGCUGCAGGAGCGGGAGCCGCAGCCCGUCGUCUUCGACGUGGUGCGUCGCUCCCCCAACAUGACCGGCAUCACCGACAACAACGUCGAGCGCAUCCUGGGCAAGUACGACAACUUCGCCAGGUGCGGCGGCAGCAAGAUGAGCAUGGUGGGCGUCGACCAGCAGCCGCCCACGCCCAGGCCCUUACACGACCCUGACCUCCACCUCAAGCCCCCGAGCCAGGUCCCGGGGCCUGGCUCCGGCUCCUCUUCCUCCUCUAAGUCGUCACAACGACCUCUUCCGCCCCCGCAGUCGUCGCCCAACGGGACGACGCGGCCGCCCAAGCCGCUCCCCUCCUCGAUAAAGCCGCCGCACCCGCCCUCGAACCACGCCCACACGAAGAACGGGGAGGUGAAGGGUAACUUGAAGGGUGGCCCGGGUCCUGGGCCGGGCGACGGUGGCGGUGGCGGCAGGAAGGUAACGACGCCCCAGGGAAAGGCCGCCCUCCCGCCCAUCAAGGUGGAUGGCGGGGCGGCGCCCGUGGACAAGACCAUCCAGCAGAUCAUGUACGAGAUGUCCAUGAAGAACCCGGUGUCCGCCAUCGUCCAGACCCCCAGACACGACCACGAGGGCGCCUUCUCCUUCUCCGCCGCUCACAAGGACGGCAAGAUGGCUCGCUCCACUCCUCUCGCUCCAGACAGACUGGGCAAAGGUCUGGACAUGUCGCUGUUAAAGCAGCCCAAAGCACUUGAUGGAAGUCAUGUCAACGAUGAGCUCAUUCUUUCUGAGGACAGUGAUGAUGACGAGACAAGGGUCAGUGAUACAACAAACAGCAGGCCGGUGUCCAGCUCAGCCCAGUUUGGUACUCCUGCUAGUCAUUUGCAGUCUUCUAUAGGGCCUCCUACCAACUCCAUCCCCCCACUGUCACCAAUUUCACCAAAGACAUCAGAGGAAUCUUCCUCUUCAGAUGAUACCAGUGAUUCAGAUGUGUCUUCCAAUAGUGCGUCUGACGACGAGCAACCCGAGUGCUCACCCACGCCUCAAGAGAACAAAUCGAAAUCAUCAUGGACGCUGGAUAACUUCAUCCAACCGAGGAAGACCAGUUCGCCUUUAUCACAGGGGACGCCUGCUGGUGGGCCUGGUCUGAGGCCUGAGAGCAACCCACCCAUCGAGGCUACAGUACCUGCUCCAACAUCUAGAGAAAAGCGGGAUCGUCGUAUCAGUAAGCCACCCGCGGCAUUUAAUUCUUCUGUUCGUGGUGCAAGGGCUGUUGUGGAUGUGAGAGGGCGAGGAAAACCUGAGAAGGUUGGUCACUACGAUGACUCCUCAGAUGAUGGGGAACCUCAUCCACGGCCGACUCCUCGUGUCUCUGCUGAGUUGCGGCAGACACCAAAGCAUGGUAGGGACCAUGACUCUAGGGUCAGGUCGUCAAAGACAAAGACAUCAAGUAAUCAUCCAGUAUGCUCAGACAGUGACUCAGAUCUUGAGCCUAUCUUUUCCAGGAAACCUGGAGCAACCCAGCCUUCGAAUGGUUCUGUUAGUGUUGGUAAAGGCAUACCAAAAGUGUCGGAGAAACCUCCCAAAACCAGUGUUCUUCAAAUGUACCGGGAGUCUGCAAAAAAACCACCAAGGAAGAGAUCUGACUCCUCAAAGAAAGAUAGUCAUAUAGGUGCCAAAUCAGAGACUGGAAAAUCAAAACGUGUAACGACAUCCAUGGAAUUUGUUCCAUCUGACAUAGAUUCUGAUUCUGAUAGUGAUAGAAUUAUAGAUGUAGAAAGUACAUCACCAGAAAAAAUGCCAUCCAGGGUUGCACCGUCUUCUCGGUGUACACCUUCAAGGACACCUAAGGAAUCAUCAAAAGUUGCUCCUAGUCCUGUGAAAACUGUCCAGGCAAGCCCUCAUGUAUCUCCCAUGACUUCUGUUAGUGUUUCUAAUAAGACUAGUGUAAAAAGACCAAGUGGUGGACUUAGUGAAGCCAUAAGUUUAGAAUCAUUAACAAGCAAAAGUGAGGAUGAAAUGCACUCUCCUUGUCGAGGCCAAAGUAGUUCUCAAAAAGUAGACAUUGUCAGAGACAAAGGGGCGCUAGUGAACCGGGCAUUUAGCACAUCAGUUAAGAAAACCAAAGGGGGAAGGGAAAGGGACCCAGUGGAAAAGAAUAAGAAAGCAAAAACUGUAUGUGAUCCAAGAAAAGUUAGUGGUAGUAAUAAAGACAUGAGUGAGAAAAGUGAUAGAGAAAGAAGUAGAGGCAUAAGUGAAUCAAGUUCGGUGGACAGCAGAUUAGAGGGGAGGCCGAUUACCUCUCCUGUAGUGAAUAAAUUAUGUAAGUCUCCCAUAGUUAGUGCAGAACCAAAAGUGCCCAUACCCCAGGUACAAUAUGAAAAUGGUGUUCCAAAACUCACAUGUACAAUACCCCUUAGCUUUAUUGACAAAGUGCCCAAAUCUAGUGUAAAUGGUGCAUUGUGUUUAAUUAAAACUGAAAUCAAGGAAGAAGCAGAUAAAAAGAAAGUCCUUGAUAAUAGAACUAAAGAAGGGAAAGGCAAAAGAAAAACGUGUGACCCAAACAGUAAAGCGCCUGAAGAUGUGUCAAAACGAAAAAUAAUUACGUCCAUAUUCGGUGGUGUUAAGAGAUUAGACCAUGAGAGUGAUGAGGAUAAAGUAAAAAAGGAGGUGAAAAAAGAAACAAUUGACAGUGAUGCUGAAUAUGAAAAAACUGGAAUUAAGUCGUCAAUCACUGUUAAAGAAGAGCCAGAUGAAACACCAAUGGGUCGGCCAGUCGGUGUAAGACAACGUAAUGUUUCUGCCAGUCCCAUGUCACCUGUUUCUUCUGAUACCUCAAGUUCCAGACAACACCGAAAGAAGAAGAAAGAUAGGCAGGCAGAGAAGUCUCCAUCCUCCCAUGAAAGAAAAAGGGCCAAAAGCAAUAGUGAACGUCAGCCUCUUGAGCAUCCAAGUUUAACUGCUGCUGGAAGUAACUCUUGUGAUGAUUGUGACUUACAGCGAAGUAGGAGGGGUGGUAGUGUUGACAGCGAGAAGUGCACUUCCUCGCGAAAACGGGCACAUGAACGGGAUAGCAGCUUGGAGAGUACAAGAAGCAGCUCCCGAGCCAACAGUGAGUCAGGAGAAAAACGCAGCAAGAAACCAAAGGUCUCAAAGGGUAAGGAUCCACCUGAGGCUGCUAUGAGUAGUCCCAGCAUGAGGUCAGCUAGUCAACGCACAGCCGACGACAGUCAAUAUGUCCGGACUCAGGAGAAGGAAGAUUCCUGGCAACUGAAAUAUCCUCAAAGACCCCAGCAUUCUCAACAAUCUAGUCAGUAUUCCCAGAAGGGCUACAGUGGUGUGUCGGAAGAUGCUGGGGUUAACCAAGAGUCAGAGUUUGGUGAGGAGGAAGAUGGGGCUGCUGGUGGCUCCCAAUCGUCGCAUCAGAGAUUCUAUAAUAAGGAGAAAGGUGAAGAGAGCGGUACAACUCCAAGUGCUGACAGUAGUGGUUAUGCUUCGCGGCCAGCAUCAGAACACGAAUCUAGAUUUGGCAGUGCAUCGUUUAGAUCAUCUGGAGACCAGGCCAAGAGCUCUGAUUUGGUAGGAACAGAUUCCUCUUCAUCAUCAGCUCAGAUGGAUAAUGGCACUCCAAUGGUUGCACCCUUAACCCAAAGACAAUCUGCCUCAACCACCACAUCCUCAUCUGGUUCUGCUACCUCCACCCCUGCUGCUGCUAGAGCAUCUUCAGAACAAUCACUACUGCAUGGACAGUAUGCUAAUCCUCAAGAGCGACUGUACACAUCAUAUUUUGAAAAGAGAUUACGAAAGAUUGACAGGGAUUACAUGGGGUAUUUGAACACGGCCAAGCAGCUGAAGCACAUAGCUGAUGGAGAGACAGAUCGAUCCAUGCAAGCCAUGAAGUACUUGGAGGCAGCGCUGUACUUUAUACUCAGUGGGGAGGCCAUGGAGGCCGACCAUGAUGCUUCAGCAUCACUCACAAUGUACAAGGACACACUUAACUUUAUUAAAUGGGUAUCAUCUGUAUUCAGAAGAGAGAACCAAGAAGGAUCAUUAAACUCAAAAUUAGCUGUUAUUAGUUUACGAUGUCAAAGUUUAUUGUCUCUAAAGAUUUAUAAGAUGCGAAGGAAUGAGCACAAGGAAAACCAGAGGCAGCUUAACAGAUAUUUUCAGAAUUAUAACAAAACUGGAGGUGUAGAAACAGGUGGCAGCAGUAGUCAGCAGUGGGGCGGUCAGAGAGCCACUGGUUCUCCAUCUCACUUGUCACAGACUCCUUCACCUGCUGGAUCUGUUGGCUCGGAAGGUUCUCAGUCGUCAGGUUACACCACAAGCACAGAGGGCACUCGCUCUAAGGGAGGAAUUGUUGCUCCUCCGGUUGGUCACACUCCCCCACAUCCACAACCGCCUCAGGGGGCACAUGCCACAGUACCUGUUGUACCUGUGCCUGUUCACAUCCAUGCCCUUAUCAUCAAGCAAAAUCAGCUCUCUAGCCAUCUUGCCUCAGCUCACGAUAUGUGGAUAGAAGCUGACCACUAUGUCUCUCAAAAUGGCAUGCAAGAUUUCUUCAUAGAGCUGAAUCGUCAGGUUAGUCCGUUAACCCUCCACUCCUCCCUGUUUGAGCUUGUGUGUUAUGUGCAGUAUGGCCUCCACAGACUCAGGGACUAGUUGUCGCUGUCCACGUCUAGGUUCUGCCACUACUGCUCUUCAUGCCCAGGGUUUGCUUGGUCACAUCCAACUGUUCCAGUAGAACUUGGGAAGAUAUUAAUAAGAGAUUCAGCGUAAUGGGCAAUGGGACCUCUGGUGUAGCAAUCUCAAGAAGCCUGAUUUCCUGCACAGCUCUCUAUGCCUUGUCAUCAAAUAAGUGAGCAUAUAUUUCGCAUCUUAUGAAGUAACUCAUUAAACAGGAUCCAGAUACUCAAGGAAAUAACUUAAAUACAGUUUAAUACAUUAGUGUAGUGUAAUCAGGCUAUGUGAAAUUUGUAAAGGUUGUUCUCAGAUCUCACUGGAGAUGAAAGGCAUAGGAAUAAGUUCUGCUAGUUAACAAAUACUGCAGUCAGUGUGGCAAGUACACGAGGCUAAUGUUAUAUCCUGCUAGCUACAUGCAGUAUGGGAGCCCAAGAUCCCAAACAUUUGGCUUCCUGUGUGUGACAACUGUGAUGCCUUAUCAUUAAAUUUAGUUAUGGAUGGUUUUAUACAAAUAGUCUCAAUGUUUUUAUUAUUAUUAAUUAUUAUUAUUAUUAUUAUUAUUUUGUGUUAUACUUCCCACCCAAAAUGUACAAAUUUGCUGAGAGGUCCAUGUGUGUGAAGACAAUGCCUUGUGUGCUCUUAUGAUGUUGAAGUGCAUUCAUGGCCAUUCUCCCAAGAGGUGCUCCAAAACCACUCUCCUAUGUUUAUGGUACUUGAGAGUAGCUCUUAUAUGCUGAAAAUGGCCAGAUUAAUGUCUUGGAUAGUCAUCGUGACACUAGGUGAGGUAUCAAAGUUGGUUGCCUGACCAAUAGAGAUCGUUUUUGUAGCUGUAUAGCUGUAGACUCUUUUGGCACAUAGUAAAUAUUGAACAAGGGACAGGACAAAAUGAUUCACUUGUUAUAGGCCAGCAGCGAGGUAACCCUGAAACAAAACGCAGCAACACCUCCUCUGUGGGGAGGUGAGCCUGUAAAGAAAAUUUAUAUUACACCUCAGGUAAUGCAUUAAUGGCAAUAAUGCAGAAAUGAAAGUGGUUUAUUCCAGAAACCAUCUCGAAUGAGUCGUCUAAGAAAUUGAAAAAGACGGGUGUAAAGUCAAAGGUUGUGCUCGUGAAGGGUUGCUUUGCUGUGCUGUGCCCAGUGUACACCUGCCUGGUUCUGCUGGCCUGUUUGGCAAUUUAAAUAAUAUAUUGUGGCAUGUAACUGAGCACACACUCCCUGCCAGAUGUAUAUUUUUGUACAUAUUUUGAGAUUUAAUAAUGGUACUGACCAUAACUAUGUUACUGAUAUAGUACUUUGUACUGGGCUUUAAUUCCCAUGAAAAUCCUGAACUUUUGUAAGUAACGAAAGUUGAAAAUGACAAAUGUAUGGCAAUGUUUUGAAUUAUUUUGUCCUUUUAGGGCAAUAUUGUUAAGUAUACUUAAUUUUAUGGAUGCUCAUAUGCUCGUUAUAGAUGAUAUAAAGUUGAUAUUUGUACUUGUAGACCUAAAUUAUAUUGAACCAUAAAUGCAUUAAAUUAUUUUCUUGUCACAAACCUAUAUGAGAUUUAUUCUCAUUCACUGAUGAAAGGCCAUUUAUACUUUUUUCUUCUGGUUGUCCAUUUAAUAAUCUCCUUGACUCUGGUUGCCACUGAACGUUGAUCAUGAGUGGGCUGUCUCUUCCCGUCCCUUAAAACAGAUGGCAGCUUUCUUUUUAGAAAUCCUCCCAUAUUGUUUGGAAAAAUCACAAAGUAUUUGACAAACUGUUAAAUUUGACAAACCUUGUUUCUGUGAUGAAAUAUAUUAACAAACUUUUAACUAGGUGUCUUCAUUUUUCCUGCCUUGCCAUUUCUCACCCAUUCAUAUUGCAUAUUUUAUAUCAGAUUAUUAUUCAUUAAUAUAAUAGAUGAUUCAUAUAAACUAUUAAUAUUUGUUACUCAAAAUGGCAAGUGUAAUUUAAUACUGCCUCAUGUCUAUUGUGUAAUUUUUGUUAGUGUAAUAUUGGUCCUUUUAUAACAAACGCUUGCCAUGUUGAUACCAGGUGGUAACCAGAGGUGGGUGAUGAGGGUAGGUGGUUGAAACCUCACUAGGGACACAAGCUCCUGUUGUGUACACAAAUUGUCUUCCUAGUAUGCCCGAGCACUAGAGGAUACCACCAUUUUGUGUGUUGUCACUCCUUUUUGUUUAUUGUUCAUUCUCAAAUACGUAAGUUCAGCCUUAAUUGGCAAAGCCAAAGCUGGUACAACAUGUUUUUGACUCAUUGUUGGUUAAUAAUGGUUCUUCUGUAUCAAUAGCUUUGAACCAGUGACUGCAAUAUUGUUUGUUUACAAAUUUAUUAAAAUGUUGAAAGUACUUGUUCCAUUAUUUAAUAUAUUUUUGGUGGAGUUAAAAUUUGUGUCCCUGGUGAAAUGGGGCAGCUGAACUGCCAGGGUCAAGUUUACUAGGUGACUGGUCUGUGUGUGGCCUUGCUGCCAACCAGGUGGUGGUAGUUAGCUGGCUGGACAGCUCUAGCAGCGAUAGGAAACCAUGCUGCUGCUCACUCACCACACAUCUUUGCCUCAAUCAUAUUGCUUUACUUAUUUACCAGAAGAAAUUCAGGUUAGGUAGUGAUGUUUUGAUCUGUGGUUUAACUUUCCGUUGAACAGAAAUAUGCACAAAGUUAUGCAGUUCCCAUAGGCUCUGAGCCAGUAAGAGAGAAUUAAAGUAACCGAGACAAACUAUUUUCAGUGUUAAGGACAGUGUAGAAAUGUGAUAUGUAAAUGCCAUUGGCGAGUAAUAAUGCCAACACAGUACAAUAUCCAUCCGCAAGUAUAGCGGAUUUUGCGCCCCAUGCAAGUCUGCCUAGUGUGGCCCUAACUCCUUUAAUUUAACCCUCAAACAUUAACAGUAAUAUAUUAUGCCUCUGUCUAUAAGCAUUCAGUUCUUCAGUUUAGCAGCCUUUUUUGCUCUCUUUUUGUAAAACUUAUCUUUAAGUCAACCACGUAUGUUUUUGCAUUUUUCCCUACACUUUGACAAUAUUUUUGGCUGUAUUGGGGUGUAUGUAAAUUGUUUUACUAUGGAUCAAGAACUGUGCCUCAGAGCCUUCCAGUGGCCAGGACUUGGCAGGUAAGGGAACCCUGCUCUUAUGUGCGUGUUACCGCUCCCCACAGUCCCAAUCCCAAACAUGAUUCACUCGUCUGACCUAUCCUGUUAAAUUUGAAGUAAUCUUUUCCCUGUAUCUAAAAUUCCAUUCCUUUACUUAUCAUUUUAGUAGCAUUAUUCUUGGCAUAUUCCGACUCCUCUUGCCUUCUGACCUAGCAUUUUAUUAGUAUAAUUUGUUGUCAGUGUUUUUUAUAUUAAUUUUUUAUAUAGAUUUUUAGCUUUCACUUCUUGGUUCCUUAUUAUGCCAGAUAAUUCAGCUCAUCAUCCUCCUCCACAUCAUGACCAUCAGUCACUUCACAUCAUUUAGGAUUUCCCCCUCGCAUAGAUAUAAUGAUACCAUUGUUGCUCCUCUGUUAUAGAAGUGAACCCUUCUAUAACAGAUGUACUACUUCCUCCUGCCUACACGUUCACUGUGUGCGCGCUAGCCUUGGACAAGGGUUGCUGUGGUGUGGACGUGCUCGGAGUGUGGCCGAGACUUCACUCAACCACACACUCACUCAUACAAGACCAUCUCUUACAGAAAGUGUCCUUCCUAUAACCCAUACUCUCUGACCUUAUUUAUUAUGACUUAAGUAGUGGUAUCAUUUUGUGUUUGGGUGCCUGGUGUAGAGGAACCCAAAAGCUGUACAAAAGGACAGUCUUAUUUCAAAUCUAUGCCAAGAUUGUAUCUACAAUAAGUAAAUGAAUAAUAAAUAACACAUGCACAGUUUGCUGUUUUACAGAUAUAUCAUGUAAAUAAUAAAGUAUUUCUUAUGUU